AUGAUCUCAUAUCCAGCUCACCCGAUCUACCCUCCAAUCUCUUAUGGACCUGAUGAUCUGGGUCAUGCCCCGGGGGCUCUGACACCCUCGGACGUUUCAUCAUCCAUAUCACCCCCGAAUGGUCAACUCGGACACACCAAGUACAGCACGCAGAUCCCUGGUGAUCACCUCGCUUCUGCACUUUCGCAAGAAGAGCAUGUUCGUCGUGCUGCUGAAGAAGACCGCCGGCGGCGAAACACCGCGGCUAGCGCCCGGUUUCGCAUGAAAAAGAAGCAGCGUGAGCAGACGCUGGAACGGACAGUGCGAGAGACUACGGAGAAGAACGCUACUCUCGAGGCCCGCGUAGCCCAGCUGGAGAUGGAAAAUCGAUGGUUGAAGAAUCUCUUGACUGAGAAACACGAAUCGACGAGUAGUCGCAUGCCGCCCCCACCGGAAGACAGUACAGCCUUGAACCAAAAAGGCAACAGUGGCGGAAACGGCCAAAAACACAUCCAGCCAAAAAAGAAGGGUGUGGGCACCGAUAACUAG